AGGCAGACGAACUACUAUGUGUCGCAAGGAAGAGCAAUCAGGCGUAUUGUUACUCUAUUUGAUACCAUCGAGGACCUUAUCACCGAAAAUGACCGAAGGUAUGAAGUUGAGGAUGACGCAGAAUCUAGCCUCGAUGAACGCUACUCACCUGCAUUUUCAUGUAGUGAAGACCGGCUACAGAUAGGGUAUGUUACCCUUACGACCACUUUGUCGUGGCUCCCUACGAAGGCUACAGAAAUGGACUAUGACGACUACUCACACAUGUUGAAACUGCUUCGGCAGGGGGCUGACAGUGCUCGAGGUGACGAUACCUCAAAGCUCAAGGCUCUUGUCGCUGAAUGGGUUAACCGUGAAUUCAAGCCCGAUCCCCUGGUUGACGCUGACGAUAAACAUUCUCGUGGGUUCACCAACGAUGCAUGCGGCAAGCUACUCUGCCCAGCUGAGCUUGAUUGGAGCAAUCCCGUCGUCAGGGCAGGGAUUCGAGAUCGCUCAGAUGGCCAUAUUGUGACUGAUCUCUCCUUUCCGGCUUUCCUGUAUGAUAAGUACACCGCCAAUCCGAAUGACCUAGAGGAAGGUCUUUUCAAAAGCAGAGUUCUUCUUCAGGCGUACAAAGCUGUAUUCACAUCACCCUCCUCAGCAAAGGAUAUCGAAGGGGAUGGCGAUGGCAUAGAUGUCAUCCAGAACAACAGACGCGCUAAUAAGUCUGCCUUCGGAGUCAAAGUCAAGAAACACGUUCGAUUUGCACUUUCGUCUGUUACCUCGUGGCGGUCUGUUGACGGCGACUUCGACUAUGAACAAUUCUGGCAGACCAUCGUAGACUUCUUCGAAAGGGCCCCUGGUCGAGCAGCACAGCGUAGGGUUGACGUACUCCUCGAAUGGUGGACUAGAAAGGUUUUCGGACGGAACAAUUGCAAUGACCUCACCAGCACGGCAAAGGCCAACAUGUCCGUCAACGCUCUUGCAAGGCAGAGGGCACAGCGCGAUGACAGCUGCUUUUGA